AGAAGUAUAGGAUCCUCCCAAGAGAUGAAGCUGGUCUGUGUUGACCCGUAUAGGGUCAUUGUUCCAAGUAACUGCUUGGAAGGUCGGGGGAGCAGGGAAAUAUGCCCAGUAUUUUUCUGAUGUAGAAGAGGUAGCACUUGCCUGGCAAGACAGUAAAGCAAGCAUAGCAAUAAAAACCCUUUCAGGAGAGGCUGAAGAUCCCUGUAGAGAAGCUAUUCCCUGUGCUUGACAACACAGCGACUUCAUUUGCCCCCAUGUGGGUAUGGAGACUUGUUGCCGUUUGUUCUUCCAGGAUCUCUGCUGCCGGUUGUUUCAGAGUCUGCUGGACCUUCCAGGUGGGCGGCGGAGGCAGGGGCAGAGAAGUGUCCUUCUUCUUUUGUGGUCGAAGCAAUGGGGGAACCGGAUGUCUGGGGGACUGCGACAUGGCGAAUCAGUCUGUCCAGGACCCAAAUUGGCGACUCAGCACCCUGGGGAAAAAUACAAGCAUACCCUUGGCCGCUGGUUAUAUAGGUGCACUUUGUGUAUCUACUUGGGGAGUUUUUUGCAUCCAGUAGGGAGCAGAGUCUGCCUGGGAGGCCGAGUGCUGAGGCCAACUGCGGGGAGGGGCCAGCCAGUGACUGGCUCCUGCAUCCAUCCCAGGAAGCCCAGGGUACCAGGGGAUGGCAGCUUUGCAUCUGUGUGCCCUGCCUCAGGCUGAAGUGACCUUCGAGGACGUGGCCGUGCUUCUUUCGCAGGAGGAGUGGGGCCUUCUGGGCCCUUCUCAGAAGGGCCUCUACAGGGAAGUGAUGCUGGAGACUUACAGGAACCUGCUAUCGCUAGGAGCUGGACUUGCAGAUCCCAAGCCGGAGGUGAUUGUACAGUUGGAGCGAGGGGAUGAGCUGUGGGUGCUGGACAUGCAUGGGGCAGAGCAACCAAGCGUGGAUGGCUCAGCUCAUGGGACCAGGACUGAGAACCAGGAGGUGACUUCAGGUGAAAUGCUGUUUGGGAGAGAACUGGACGCACUCAGGGGGAGUGUUCUCCAGGGACCUUGGCCAGGAGAAGCCCGUGAGCGUGUCGGGGAGCCAGAGAGGCGCCUGGACAGGCCUGGGGAGCAGAGAGGCCCCAGGCUAGUCACACUGGCCAAUGAGGAAUGUGGCCUGGAGUCUGGAGGAAACCUCAGGUCGGGGUCAAGGCCUAUCCCUGAUCAAAGACCUCACAAAUGUGAUAUAUGUGAGCAGAGUUUUGAACAGAGAUCAUACCUUAAUAACCAUAAACGUGUACACAGGUGCAAAAAAACAAAUAUAGUUCACGUUUCAGGGGAAAUUUUCCCUGUGAAUUUAGUUGUUAAAGAAGAUCAGAAAAUUCCUGUUGGGAAAAGAUUGCAUUAUUGUGGUUGUUGUGGGAAGGCCUUCAGGUACAGUGCUAACCUUAUCAAGCACCAGCGACUACACAGUGAAGAGAAGCCCUACAAGUGUGAAGAGUGCGGGAAGGCCUUCCACCAGAGCUGUGAGCUCAUCAGUCACCGGAGGAUGCACUCUGGGGAGAUCCCCUACCGUUGCAAUGAGUGCGGGAAGACAUUCAACCAGAGGCCCAACCUCAUGAAGCAUCAGAGGAUCCACACUGGGGAGAAGCCCUACAAGUGUGGCGAGUGCGGGAAGCACUUCAGUGCCUAUUCCUCCCUCAUUUACCACCAGAGGAUCCACACAGGGGAGAAGCCCUACAAGUGCAGUGACUGCGGGAAGGCCUUCAGCGAUGGCUCAAUCCUCAUCAGGCACCGUCGGACCCAUACUGGAGAGAAGCCAUAUGAGUGCAAAGAGUGUGGCAAAGGCUUUACCCAGAGCUCCAAUCUGAUCCAGCAUCAAAGAAUUCACACUGGGGAAAAACCCUAUAAAUGUAAUGAAUGUGAGAAAGCCUUCAUCCAAAAAACCAAACUUGUUGAACAUCAGAGAAGCCACACUGGAGAGAAGCCCUAUGAGUGUAAUGACUGUGGCAAAGUCUUCAGCCAGAGCACCCACCUCAUCCAGCACCAGAGGAUCCACACAGGAGAGAAGCCCUAUAAGUGCAGUGAUUGUGGGAAGGCUUUCCACAACAGUUCCAGACUCAUUCACCAUCAGAGGUCACACCACGGAGAGAAGCCAUAUAAGUGUGCUGAUUGUAAGAAGGCCUUCAGCCAGGGCACGUACCUCCUGCAGCACCGGAGGAUCCACACUGGGGAGAAGCCUUACACGUGUGGCGAGUGUGGCAAGGCCUUCCGGCACAGCUCCAACAUGUCCCAGCACCAGAGGAUUCACCUCCGGGAGGACUUCUCCCUGUGACUGUCUGUGACGUGCUUCCCCCGUGUGACCGCCGUCUCUUUACUUACUGUUCACAUGGUGUCACAGGUGAACAGGCACUUCUAAUUUUAAAAAGCCUCUUUUCUUAAAAGCAGUGCAUGUUCAUUUUAGAGAAGUUGAGUGGAAAAAGGUAAGCAAAAGGGAGAAGCCCUGUGGCCUACCCUUAGAAAGAGAACUCACCACUAUUGCGAUCAGUGUAGGUUGUGUCCACUCAAACAACAUCCACAAGAGAAGUACUGUGGAACUUGUGAGUGCAGCUCUUGUUUCCUCAGUCCUGGAAAACUCACACUGGAGAGUUCUACGUGUUUAUGUGGUUUUACACCUUGUAAAUUUAAAAACAGCAUGUUGUUCAUACUUUCCUAUGUCACUUAAUAGAGUUGAUACUGCCUUUUUUUUUU